UGUGACGUUUCCGUGCCAAAGCAGGCGGGCCAGUGCGAGACACAAAAGACACAACAAAAGCUCGCGUGGGGGAGAAAAUGCCAGCCGACCGCGGCCAAACGCUUCGCCACCGACACGUGGAGCAGGGCCGGACUCGAACCUGCUGACGUGACUGUCGAGAAGAAAAGCUCGUCGUCCUUUAAUCGCGAGACGUUCAGGUGUGAUUUCCCUGCGUGUCGUGGGUGUGGAUCUGCCACACGAGACCCUCCACUACAACGACGGCUUUUGCGUGCAUCUUCCAGUGUUUGCUGUGUCAGCAAGUCCCGCCCAGCCAGGAGCUCCGCCCCUCGGACAUGGUGAAGAUGACCAAGUCCAAGACCUUCCAGGCCUACCUGCCCAGCUGCCACCGCACCUACAGCUGCAUCCACUGUCGCGCUCACCUGGCCAACCAUGACGAGCUCAUCUCCAAGUCUUUUCAAGGCAGCCAAGGCAGAGCUUACCUCUUUAAUUCUGUGGUGAAUGUGGGCUGUGGGCCGGCGGAGGAGCGGGUUCUCCUCACGGGUUUACACGCCGUGGCCGACAUCUACUGUGAAAACUGCAAAACCACGCUGGGCUGGAAAUACGAGCACGCCUUCGAGAGCAGCCAGAAGUACAAGGAGGGCAAGUUCAUCAUCGAGCUGGCUCACAUGAUCAAAGACAACGGAUGGGAGUGACCACGCCCCCUCAAGCCCCGCCCCUUCACAUCACGCCCCCACAAACGGCACGAGUCGUCACGCCCUCCUCGGCGAUGGAGCGUCUGGGUUUGACUCCGCCCCCUGGUCACCUGACCCCUCCCACUGGAGCGUGCCUAGAAGUGAGAGUGGCACCAUGGCAACAAGGGGGAGGACCACGGCCUUCUGUGCCCGCCCCGCUAAACGGUUAGCAUGGACUUCCUGUCGGCGUUUGUUUGUUUUUACAUCUCCUAAUGUGUCAAUAUUUUAUUUUUAUUUUGACUUUUCUCUGACACGUCAACAUCCACAUCUUGAAUAUGAAAAUUAUAUAUAUAUAUACAUAUAUAUAUACAUAUAUAUAUACAUAUAUAUAUACAUAU